GGAUUGUAGGCAUUUUCUGGAUACAGUCAUAGAACAAAACUCUACAGGACCUGAUUGUAAAAGGAAAAUGAUCCGAAGUUUGUGCAAAUCAUCAGCUUGGCGUUGCCGCACAGUCGUUGAAGUGAAAAGCAAAUUUGGUGCAGAGUUUAGGAGAUUUUCUCUGGAUCGCUAUGAGCCUGGUGUGUUUCAGGACUUUUGGCAGUUUAUCCUGAAUCUACACCACCUAUUUCCUACAGAAAUCUACAUCAGCUAUGCAGACAUUCAUGGAGACUUACUGCCAAUAAAUAAUGAUGACAAUUUCUGUAAAGCAGUGUCUACUACACAGACACUACUGCGCAUCUUCAUCCAUUUGCAAGAGGAAAUGGACCAGUUUCACAUGAGUACCAACAGUGUGACCAGGACAAAGAAGUCCACCAUAACAGAUUGUGCUGAUGUCAGCCGCAGAGGACACGUUCAGAUUGGAGUGCCCCAGAACUUCCGUCCAGUCUCCUCAAUAAUUGAUGUUGAUAUCUUGCCUGAAUGCCACAGAAGGGUUCGUCUGUACCACCAGGGCUCUGACAGGCCUCUGGGUUUCUACAUCCGUGAUGGAAUCACAAUCAAUGUAACUCCUCAUGGACUUGAGAAAGUUCCAGGAAUCUUCAUCUCAAGAUUGGUUCCUGGUGGAUUGGCUGAGAGCUGUGGUCUUUUGGCCAUUGAUGACCAGAUCCUAGAGGUAAAUGGUAUUGAGGUGAUAAGUAAGACCCUGGAUCAGGUUACAGACAUGAUGAUUGCUAACAGUCACAAUCUGAUCAUCACUGUGAAACCGGCAAACCAGAGCAAAAACAUAAUAAAUCCCAUCAUCUCCCCUAACCCAGAUUUCCAGCUCGAUGAUGAGGGUUCUAUAAGCUACCCAGGACUUCCUAUGAUUAUGGGAGCCUAUGCUUGGACACGUAACAGCUCUGUAAGUGAUGAUGAUUUAGACAUAGUUGUGGAGAAAAUGGUGAAACCCUCAUCCCAGUGUUACAGUGCUACAGUAUCUUCCCCAUCUUCUCAAACUAGCAUUCACAAUCGUCACAGACUUGGCCAUCCCAACUCUCAAGAAUUGUGCCGCUCACAGCCCUGCCUCAAUUACACAGCAUAUUCUGGGUCCAGCAUUUCAUUGCAGAGAGAAAUGAGCUCACAGAAGCAUUAUAGGAGCAACCCAGGAUUCAGACAGAACACAUUUAGCACCUUUGACAUCUUGGGCACACUAAGCCCAGAUCUGCGGCAGCGCCUCAUGAUACCUCAAGGGGGCAUGGAGGAGGAUGGAACUGUUAUUACUGUAUGAUACUAACUUUAUUUAAAUCUGUACUGCUAUGGCACUUUAUGGGCACUUUUUUUCAGUUUUAUGGAAUAUAAACCAUCCUAUUGUAUACAUCAUUUCACAAUAGAUACCACAUUAACUCUGGACAUCCAUUUUAAUUUCAUAGAAUAACUGUAAAUACCAAUAUAUCUAAUCUAAAUUAUUCCCAAUAAAUACUGUAUCUUUUAUAAUAGCCACACAUAGCUCUUUGCCUUAAGGAUACACCUGAUGUAUGUGUGUGUGUGUGUGUGUGUGUGUGUGUGUGUGUGUGUGUGUGUGUGUGU